GGAAUGCAACAAAGGUAACCAUUUCGAUUUGGAGUUACAUUUUUUCUUUCUUGAAGCCCAACCACCAUUUGGACUAGCUCGAUUCAGAAACGAAAAGAGGAAAAAGCGGACAGUUCAUAAAACUGAAAACUGGAAAAGCUGCGUCGAUCCUGCCCUCCUGCCACAGAAGCAGAGCAUCUUCCCGACUUGACCACCUUGACCGCUCACAAGUCACAACCAUCCUCCCCUCCGCUUGCUGGCCCGCCUGCCUAUACACCCACGGCGCCAUCAGCCAGGUUUCCACAACAGAAGAACAAACAUCUUUUGUCUUGGGUUAGGAGAAACCUGGGCGAGACCAAGAGAGAUGGCCGGCCGCAACUUGAGCGCUGCAGGAGCAAUGGAGGAGGAGGGGGAGCAUGUCAGGCCGCCCAAGAUCGACGUCGAGACGCUCUGCCUGCUGUACAUACUGCUUCUCAUGACGAUCUGGAUGUCCUCGUUUCGGCUCCGGUGGCCGGCCCUGGUCACCUACUACAUCCCGGCCAUGGAAGCCCUGGUCACCUGCUUCUUCUUCGCGUUCGUCACCGUCCAGCUGCAGGUGCUGCUUGCCAUCGCGCUGUUGGAGAAGCCCGAACCGUCGCUGCUUCCGCCUCCCGUGAACCAGUGGACCAUGGCCCUCACCGUGUGGCUGUUCGGGGUCCUCUACUACAUGAUCUACGCCUCCUUGAGCGACGGGUAUGCGGGCUACUUGGGCCUGAUCUUCGCCGGGGUCGCGAGUGUUGUGAGCCUCGCCAUGACCGUCUACAACAUGCUGCAGCGCCCCGUCUUUGCUUAGCUGCGGAUCGAGGAUGAUUGAGCAUCUUGGAACCUGAAGAGUGCCGACCUGAAGAAGGGCCAGACUUGUUUUCUGUCUAGUGUUGGAUGUGCUAUGAGUAUGUUGUUGGUUCUCUAUCUACUAUCUGAACUCAGGAAGGAUUUGGCUUCAUUUGGGGGACAGGAUUAAUGUGUCAGUACCUGAUGUUUCGUGAAAAACUUUUCUUUAGGGAAUGUUUCAUGAAGAACUUGUUAUGGGGAUGUGAUAAUUUCCUUGCGUUUUGGGGUUACAAGCCCAGAUAGGCACUGGAUCACUGCCGCCUUGCCGGGCAUUGGAUCCUUGGUUCAUGUCGAUGAGGAUGUGAUCUUCUUCCGUUCGUUAACUCUCUGUGAUCCUGGUUGCCGGGCUUUUUUCUGGGCCGGGACGGAGGAGGUGAAUGGCGGCAAGUGUGUGGUAUCCUGGGCAAGGGUAUGCAGGCCAAAACACUUGGGCGGCCUGGGCGUUAUUGACUUAUGUAAGCAUGGCAUUGCUUUAAGAUUACGAUGGGAAUGGCUUAGACGCACGGAUGCUUCCAGGCCUUGGCAAGGGCUCAACUUGACCGCGGAUAAAAAGGUUGCCCAAGCUUUUGGGAGCCAGGUUAAAUGGAAGGUCGGAGCGGGAGACAAAAUCUUGUUUUGGAAAGAUCGGUGGCUUCAUGGCGCAACCAUCGCUGAGCUAGCCCCCUUGGUUGUGGCCACAGUCCGUACGCAGGUAGCCAACAAGAGGCUGGUACGUGAUGCGGUGUACAUGCAUGCUUGGAUGAACGACGUUGUGGGCGACCUAUGCACGGAGGGUCUUACCCAGUUCAUCGGACUUUGGGAGAUCAUAUCGGAGGUUCAAUUGGAUGCUCAAACUGAGGAUAGCCCCAUUUGGGCUUGGAAUGUGAUAGGAGUCUACACCGCAUCAUCCGCAUACAAGAUGCUUUGUGAGGGAGGAGUUAGAUUUCACUCUUUCGGAGCAAUCUGGAAAUGUUGGGCGCCACUUGCGUGUAAAAUCUUCAUGUGGCUGGUUGUGCAAUACCGAUUGUGGACGUCAGAUAGAAGGGCGAGACACGGUUUGCAAGACCAAACA